AUGAUAGAGAAACAAGUAGAAACUGCUUACAAAGAAGUUGUUCUGUGCACUGGAAGUUACAGAGAAGGAUUUAGAUUCGAAGGGUCUGAUGUGGACGCCAUGUUCUGGCCAAAAAAUAUUCGUGUUAUUUGGAAUUUCUCACAGGCUAGGUUCUAUAGCAAACACGAUCCACUGAUUCUAUCUGACGAUUCAGAAAGCCCACCAGGAUUCACAUUACUUUGGUUACCGACAAAUCAUGUAAUGACAAUCCCAAUAGUUAUCUCGGCAACUGUCAGAAUCAAAAACAGACUUUACAUAUCUAGUUCUCUUUACAGAGAGAUUAUGCCUUUGAAUACUAGUACCCCAAAGAAUUCCAUCUCCCUUGGUCCUUGUAAUAGCUACAAUAUAGGGGAAUUAGAGGUUGACAUAGCACAUUGCUUUGCCUCCAACCUCUGGCCUCCAUCUGCAUUGCCUUGGAUAGAUCGAUGUACAACAUGGCCACGGCCAGAAGUUCUUCGAGACAUAGUCAGUAAUGGGUGUCACUUUGUAGCAAUUGGACACAAACUUGGAAAUCAUGAAGAUGAUGAGUGGAGAAUUUCCUUUUCCCUUGCGGAACAAAAACCUGUGUACUCAAUGGAUCACUGUCAAUUUUUAAUUUAUGGAUUGCUUAAGAUAUUUCUGAAAGAAGUGAUUAAUAAUGAUGAAAGUGAUGAGGGCAAAUUACUGUGUUCCUAUCACAUGAAAACAGCUGUAUUUUGGGCUAUUCAACAAAAUUAUUUAAUCUACUGCAGUCCACAAAAUCUCCUUAAGUGUUUUUGGAUUUGCUUUAAAUUCCUUCUGAAAUGGGUGUAUGAGGGGAUCUGUCCCAACUUUUUCAUUCCACAAAAUAAUAUGUUCCUGACUAAUAUUUACGGUCAAGCGCAGAAAAACUUAUUCCAUAAACUAUACGCACUGUACCAGAUGGGAUUGUCAUGCCUCCUUAGCUCUUCAGUCGGUCCUUCCAUCUUACUUGCUAUUAGCAAUUCAGAACUAACUCUUCACACUAUAAUUACUGAGGUCGAAUUUGAUAUAGCAGUUUUUAUACAGACAUCUAAUGUAUCUCAUUUUAUAGGUGAAUCUGAAAUACAUCUCUGCCUAGAGACCAUUUACAGGAUAGAACAGUCUCUAUGUCAAAGAUUAAACCAGUGUCAAGUUGUCAUGUUACAGAAAUAUACAGCAUCCCUCCUUCAACAUUCUGCAUUCAUAGUAGCUAAUAUGUACACAGGUGUCAACAAACUAUCCUAUUCUGCUGAUAAAAAGACCUGUCACAUGUUGAAAUUAGCUGCUAAAUUUGGAUUUAUUUCUGACAUGGUAUAUAUUGCAAUGUAUUAUUACCGAACAAAGAGAUAUAAAGAAGCUUUACGUACUAUAAAAAUCACAAAGGAUAGGUUAGCACAGCCACAUCUGAUAUGUAACGCUAACGUAGCCACAAAGGGGUACACUGAGGUUGUCAGGGGAUAUUCUAUGUCAAAAAAAAUGAGAUACGCUGUAAGAGGACCGUGUCGUGUUCAGGUUGAUAUCUACUACAUUAAUGAGUUACUACUGGAACAGCAAUCCGCCUUACAAAACGGAGUUCGUGCACUCGCUAUUCCACUUCCCGUAUUAUUACAAAUGUUAGAGUUUCUGAUUUACAGACAUGUUGACACAGCAAAAACAGAAGAAACUCUAAAGGAUUUACACGUUCUUGUCCAUCAUGAUGAGGGUGUAUAUAUCCCUAAAAGUCUGAGAGGUAUAUCAUGGCAAAUCUUUGGAAUCUGUCAAGAGAUGAUGGGAGAUUGUCAGUCUGCUCUAUAUUCCUACCAACAAUCCCUUACAGAUUCAUUUCAACCUGAAAUCCACAGUGCUACACUGGCCAGACUACAUGAUCUUAACCAAAAACCCGUAAGAACUAAACAGACUGCUUAA